AUGGAGCUCGUCUCCGCAUCGUCUUCGCUGCUCGACAUUACGGGGCGUACAGGUGAUGCCGUGAGCAGCGAAGGAGGCUACCCCAGCGACCGGGAGGAGCUUGAACGUCAUCUCAGCCGCCAGCCUGAAUACUUGCAACGUAUCAUCCGUGAUUUCCUCUGUGAUGAACGCGCACGCUCCUUCGGGAAUGUUGCUGGACAGCUUGCAGCAUACCGGGACAUAAGUGCAAAGUUGGUGGAGAUCAAUCGCUCUAAGGAGGCAGCCUCACUUAGGCACUUGCUGAAAGAGAUCCACAUGCGCAGAAUCCAAGCCCUUCAAGACAGUGCGAGUGCUAUCUCAAAGGAGGUGACCGUCCUGCGUCAGUGCAUUGCGGGACGUGACUUCACACGUUUGGAAAGUCUUGCACGACGCAUUGCUGUCAGGGCUUCCAACUUCAAGAGGAAAUUUGCCGAGUUGCUUCCGCAGUUUGAGAAUCUCGCCACUGAGGUAGAGCACGUGGCAAGGGCUUGUGAGAACUCAAGCCGGGAAUCCCAGGAGCUUCUAUGCCAAACAGUUCAGAGGCGUGAUUGGUGGUUCUGGCUUUUUGACCUGAUUGGCAAGACGGUGGCCUUGGGAAGUGGAGCUGUCUUGGCUGGUUCCGUGUCCUCUCUUUGCUACUUAGGCUACCUUUACCAGGGCAAGUCAGCAGCAAUGGGUGCAGCGAAGGCCACUUAUGCAGCUGCCAAGAAGCUUCUGACAGAGAAAGCAGCGACUGCACAUGCGGCUGCUGUGCAAGCAGAAGCCGCAAAGGCCACUGCUGCUGCACGAGCUGCAGACGUGACCACUGCCAACCAUGCCCUUCAGAGCGCUACAGGUACCGAGGUGGCAACAACUGCUGCCAGUAGCCAUGCUGGACCUAAAGCUGUGCUGGCAAGCCUCGGACUGGCAGGGCUGGCAGACAUUUUUUUGAUGCAUGGCGUGGAUGUUGCCAUGGCGGCCUCAGAUGCAGCCUCCGCAGCGGCCUCAGCAGCAUCGGCUUCGGCAGCGGCGACCCAGGUGGCUGCAAGCACUGCUGCAUCACAGGCAGCUGCGGCAGUUGCAGGCAUCAACUCGCUGCAGGUGGCCAUGGGUUCCCUCUCAGCAUCUAUGCUUUCUGUGGCGCCUCUUGCAGCCUUCUCUGGCCUUGUGUUGGCAUUGUGCAUGAUAGGCUAUGCCGGUAGGAAUGUGCUGAAGCGGCUGCUUGGCAGGCUUUGGGCAGAUGAAAUCAGGUUCCAUGAGUGGAGCAGCGAAGGCUUUCAGCAGAAGGCAAACGACUUGCGAGAUGCACUGCAGAAGUUGAGGGCUACAUGCAGCUGCACUGAGAAGCUUGAAGAAGCUUUUGCUGUCGUUGUUGAAGCUGCUGACGAACUUGCUAACGAAGCUCAGUGUUGCCAAGCGGUUGUUCUCGAGGAUGACAUGGAAACUCUGCGUCUGAAAGUAGACACCCUUGCCAGCUCUUACGAGGAGGCAGUUGGCGCCUUCCAUGAGAUGCAGGAAAACCUGCGAGAUCUAUCGGAAGUCCGUUGGCUUGUUCAUGAGACAGAUACACGAGCUCCAAUCGCCAGCCAGCUGGCUCUGGAGUCUGCUCUGGAAGUUCCAGACGACUUGGAGCUUCCUGACCAAGCCGAAGAUCCUGAGACUCUGGCAGAGGAUGAGGCAGAAGCGGUACUCACAGAGGAGGGAUGGAUCCUGGUCGAAUCUGCCAGCCUGGAAGGACCCCAGUUGUUAGGCAGAGCUUCACAACCUUGCCCUUCAGGGGAUUGUAUUCCAAGCGGUACCUACCUGCUUGUGCCAACAGACUGGGCUGCAAGGUUCUUCGCGAAUCGCCCAUGCGUGGCCGCUGGUCCGCAUGGCAAUCGCGUGUGCGAGGUCCUCUUGCAAAAGCCUUCCCGCAGACAGCUGGCAAGCUUUGCUGUCCCGGGUGGUGACUUCCGGUGUACCAGCGAUCAUCCCCUGCGCGUGUGUCGCUCUGGGUCAUGGAUUCAUGAGCAGGCUCGAGGUCUCCAGGCAGGGGAUGUGGUCCUGACCUCAACGGGCGAGGAAGCAAUCCUGCGUCGAUACCCCUCCAUCAUCACUGAUGAGGAUGUAUUUGGGUUGAAUGUACAUGGAGGCGGAAGCGAGAUCUUCAUCUUCACGCCUAGCCAAGGCCACAGCGGACAGCUCUCUUUCUCGGGGUUGGCUGUUCUGGGCAUGACCGACGCGCAAAAUGAGCUGGCUUCGCAAACUGCAAGGUCAUCUUCUGCGCCGCCCAAGUUGCAUGGUCUACCUUCUGAAGGAUCUCGCCAUCAUCGCCCAGACGGCACCUGCCCCAAUGUCUGCAAGAAGUUCCUGCGUGGGUCGUGCUACAAUGGCCGUGACUGCCGCUUCUGCCACUUGCCGCAUCCUGAUGAGUCCAAGCGCAGCCGCCGAGGCCCCAGGUCGGAAAGGGCCUAA